AUUAUGAACACAGUAAAUGUAAAUCUCCUUGUUGCUAACGCCCGACUUCAACUGUAAAAAGACCCUUGAACUGUCUUUUGAAAACAGAGCAGAACCCAUGGAGCUCGUAGAAGUACAAGUACAACCUUCCUCAUCAAACAUUAACGAGCCAGACAGGCAACCACAACGCCGCCGUUGCACCGCAGGUCAUCGACCCGAUAAACGUGUCCGUAUACCACCUAUCUGCGUGCCCGCCAUGAUACACCUCAAACAGGAACUCGGUCUUCGCUCCGAUGCCGAAACCAUUCAUUGGCUCAUUCAUCAGGUUCGACCCCAGCUCAUUGACCCUCCUGCUAAAGCAACUAAACCACCCAUUUCUCAUAGGAAUCGUCCGAGUUGCACCGUUCUCGACGAUUUCGCUCUUAAAACAGAUUGCAUGGAGUACCUUAACUGCGAUAAACCCAUUUCUUAUCCUCCUCUGGCCGUCACUGGUGCUCUGAUUGCAAGUCAGCGUGUCAGGGCUACUGUUGUUCAGGCUUCAACGGUGUUUUUUGAUACUCCGGCUACAAUGGAUAAAGCAGAGAGACUAAUUGCUGGAGCAGCAGCUUAUGGGUCGAAAUUGGUAGUAUUUCCAGAAGCAUUUGUCGGUGGUCACCCACGAUGCAUGAAGCUUGAUGCUGGGACAACUGAUGAUGAUUUGCAUAAGUAUUAUGCUUCAGCCAUUAAUGUGCCUGGAGCUGAAUUUGGUAGGCUUGCAAAAAUUGCUGGUAAAUACAAAGUUCACUUAGUAAUUGGAGUUGUCGAGAGAGCUGGACCCUAUCUCUUAAGUACAAUUCUGUUUUUCAAUUCUGUUGGACAAUACCUUGGAGAGCAUCGCAAGCUAAUGCUAAUGCCAUCAGAAACUGCAAUGUGGUAUUCUGGAGAGAAAUCAUCGCCACCAGUUUAUGAGACGUCCAUAGGAAAGGUUGGUGGGCUUGUCGGUUGGGACAAUAAAUUGCCACUUUUAAGAACUGAAUUAUAUGCUAAAGGUAUUGAUAUAUAUUGUGCACCUUCUUCUGAUGGGAAGGAAAUAUGGAAGGCCUCCAUGAUCCAUAUUGCCCUAGAAGGUGGCUGCUUUAUUCUUUCCGCAAACCAAUUCUGCAGAAGAAGAGACUGUCCAGUACCACCUGGAGAUUCAGAUAGUGACAUAUCACUAGAUGCAAUAACAUGUCCUGGAGGUAGCGUCAUUGUUUCACCAUCAGGAACCAUCUUGGCAGGACCUAAUUACCAAGAUGAAUGUCUUAUCUCAGCUGAUCUGGACCUUGUAGAGAUCACUCGAGCAAAGACAGGAUUUAGCACGGUUGGGAGCAAUCUGAAGCCAAAUAAUGUUGAUUGGACUGCAAAUGAACCCACUCCAGUUUUGUUAACCAGUGUCUUGGAAGCAGUACCCCACGAGCUUUCGUGUUGACUUGGCUGUGUAAAAAUUGUUAGGCCUAGUAUUAACUCGUCUUAAUAUUACUUAGGGCAAUGACUAGCUUAGGGAUUUUGCCCUUUACCACUUUUGUAAGGAUUUCUGUAUAAAGUUUCGGUUAGGCUCUAAGUCAGAAUAUAUACGUGUAAUUGCCUCUGUGGGCGAUUUUGAGGCGCAGAACAUGUUUUGCAAGUCAGAUUAGCUGGUAUGGCUAAAUUUCAUCGAAGCCUGAUAUAUUUUAGCCAACUUGUAAAUUUUCCACUCAGCGGAUUUCAUGGUAAACUUAUAUUACGAUUCUUGAUA